UGGUGAAAUACACCAGAACAUACCCCACAGAUGCUUACGGGGUAAUUGAGUUCCAGGGUGGAGGAUUCAUCAAUAAGGCCAUGAGAUUUAAACUGCCAUCCUGAUCCUGACCCUCCACCCACCCAAACUUGUUCUGUGUCACUGCCACCUACUGGGCCUGUACAGUGAUUUCAUCAGGGUUUCCUACGAUACCAAGCCUGACAACCUGCUGCAUCUGAUGGUGAAAGACUGGCAGCUAGAACUGCCCACCCUACUCAUCUCCGUUCACGGUGGUCUCCAGAACUUUGACCUCCAGCCCAAGCUCAAGCAAGUGUUUGGCAAAGGCCUGAUCAAAGCUGCGGUCACCACUGGAGCGUGGAUCUUCACCGGUGGAGUCAACACGGGAGUGAUCCGUCAUGUGGGAGACGCCUUGAAGGACCAUUCCUCCAAGUCACGGGGGAAGGUCUGUGCUAUUGGAAUUGCUCCAUGGGGAAUUCUGGAAAACAAAGAAGACCUCAUUGGAAAAGAUGUAACCAGACCUUACCAGGGAAUGGGAAAUCCUCUGAGCAAGUUGGCCGUGCUCAACAACAGCCACUCCCACUUCAUCCUGACGGACAACGGCACCUGCGGAAAGUACGGGUCAGAGGUCAAACUGCGUCGGCUGCUGGAGAAGCACAUCUCUCUGCAGAAGAUUAACACCCGUCUAGGUCAGGGUGUCCCCCUAGUGUGCCUGAUUGUUGAGGGAGGUCCGAACGUCAUCUCCAUUGCCCUGGAGAGCCUGAGAGAUGAUCCUCCUGUUCCUGUGGUGGUGUGUGACGGCAGUGGUCGAGCCUCUGACAUCAUUUCCUUUGCACACAAGUUCUGUGAGGACGACGGCUUGGUGAACGAUGAUGUUCGAGACCAACUAUUGGUGACAAUUCAAAAGACUUUCAACUACAGCAAGAGCCAAUCGCAGCAGAUCUUGCUCAUGGUUAUGGAGUGCAUGAAGAAAAGGGAACUGGUAAGUAGAAGAAAGACAACCUGCAGGAUAAUAAUACAUUUUGUGUGAAAAAUAAAAUCAAUAAAAUCAUUUUUGAUACUUCAAACAUCUGGUCUCCACCCUCAUUCAUCCAUGCCUCUCAUCUGUGUGUUUCCAUUAACAUAUUGAAUAAAAAUAAUCCCCACCACCUGCCUGUCAUCGCCCCUUCUUGUUCUGGUCAUGUCAUGUAAUCGGGGUCAUUCGCAGCUUCGUGGCUGACCAGCACAAAUGGACUCCGUAAGCUACAGUGAGCUGUAAGUGCCGGGCUGUGAAGUGGGCGUGCUACUUUACAGAAUCACACUGUGUGGCAUUAAUGCUGUCAUUUCAUCACGAUGUGCACGGAUACAGUACAUCAGAUUAACGCUGAAGUGUUUCUCCAAAGUGUUCGAUCAAGACCUUGGUAUAAAUGAAUAUCAGUAACACUUGUGGGGCAGACUCCAUGUGAUGCGAUUAGUAAUGUGUAAUACACAGCCUGUAUAAUCUCCACACUCUUUACAUUUGGGUGGGAAAGAUCAGAGCACGCUGCCACCUGCUUAGCAAAGGCUCUUACUUCAUCCUCGCACAGCAAACAUGUGGCACAUAAAUGUAGAAGAGGAUCCAUCUCCCUAAUCCUCCGCCAAGUUGCUCUUUCUAUCCACUAUCUGGCCUUUUUUUCAGCAUCUGCAGAGACUUUGCGACCACUAUCUCUGGUGUAUUAAACCACCUAAUGCUCCAACACACUCAAAUGAACUGGCUUUUUACAGAUCAAAUCGCUGCGGGUAUUUUUAGCUUCCACUUAGUUCUAACUCAGACUCCACCCAAACACAACUUCUUACGCAUCUCAGAGAGCACAUCAUUGGCACCUUUUAAUCUGAAUAACCCACAGGUGAAUCAUCAUCAUCAUCAUCAUCAUCAUCAUCAUCAUCAUCAUCAUCAUCAUCAUCAUCACCACCACUGUCUGAUCUCAUCAUAAUCCUAAAUGCAUUUUAUGCAAACAGCCGGAUCAGAUGAGUAGAAAACACUCAUUUGGAGGGUCACAAAUUAGAAGUGAUGUAACACCAGCAUACAUUAAACAUAACAAUGACUUCACUCUCCCCCUGUUUGCGAAUACAAGGGAGUGGGGGCUCAGCAAUUGUUUGGGAGAUUCUACAAGUUUUGUUGUCGUGAUAAUGAACCAGAUUCACCAACAAGGACAAGAUCAGAAAU